AUGUUACUGUGUGCAGGUCUGGUGGGCUGCCCGCGGUUCCGAGGGUCGGUGCAGAACUACAGCACCCUGCUACUGGAGGAGGAGGCUGGGGUUCUGUAUGUGGGGGGGAGGGGGGCCAUCUACGCCCUGGACGCCAACAACAUCUCCACACCAGGGAACCUGUCUAUUGAUUGGGAAGCCUCGUCUGAGCAGAAGAGGCAGUGUCUGAGCAAAGGGAAAAACAAUGAGACGGAGUGCUUCAACCACAUCCGCUUCCUGCAGCGCUACAACGAGAGCCACCUGUACGUGUGUGGGACGCACGCCUUCAGGCCACUCUGCGCCUACAUAGACGUGGAGCGGUUCAGCUUCUCCUCUGGAUUUGAGGAGGGCAGGGACCGCUGUCCCUACGACCCGGCCAAGGGCUACACUGGCCUACUCAUCGAUGGAGAGAUGUUUACUGCCUCCCAGUACGAGUUCCGCAGCUCUGCAGACAUUCGCAGGAACUUUCCGUUCCCCACCCUGAGGACAGAGGAGGCGCCCACCAGGUGGCUUCUGGACGCAGACUUUGUGGGCUCGGUUCUGCUGAAGGAGAGCGUCAACAGCUCCGUGGGAGAUGACGACAAGAUGUACUUCUUCUUCAGGGAGAAGAGCCAGGAACAGACAGCCUACCCCAGCCAGACCAGGGUGUCCAGGGUGGCACGCGUCUGCAAGGGCGACUGGGGGGGGCAGAGGACCCUGCAGAAGAAGUGGACGUCGUUCCUGAAGGCGCGGCUGGUGUGCUCCGUGCCCGACUACGAGCUCCACCUCAACAUGCUGCGGGCGGUGAGCGUGCAGCAGGGUGCGGACGCUGGGGGCAGCAUCCUCUACGGAGCCUUUGGACUGGAGUGGAAAAAUAUCAAAGCAUCUGCAGUGUGCCAGUAUUCCUUUUCCGACAUCCAGAAAGCGUUCGACGGACCAUACAUGGAGGUCCAGGAUUCAAAAUGGCGGGAAUACACAGGGAAGGUUCCAGAACCAAGACCAGGCUCUUGUAUAACAGACCUCCACAGAUCUCAGAGUAUCAACUCCUCCAGAGACCUCCCAGACGACGUGCUGACCUUCGCCCGUAGGCACCCCCUCAUGUCCACUCAGGUCCAGCCAAUCAGAGGCCGCCCGCUCAUGUUCAAGAGGAACGUCAACUACGUGAAGAUGGCGGUGCACCGGGUGGCCGCUCUAGACGGCCACGUCUACCCCGUCCUGUUCCUGGGCACCGAUGAGGGCUGGCUGCACAAAGCUGUGGAUGUGGAGGGGGACAUGCACAUCGUGGAGGAGCUGCAGCUGUUCACUCCUGCUCAGCCCAUAGACAGCAUAGUGGUGUCUACAGCACAGAAAAGUGUCUAUGUGGGCUCCCACUCUGGCGUGGUCCAGGUACCCAUGGCAACUUGUCGGCGCUACACUUCCUGUUUCGACUGCGUGUUUGCGCGGGACCCUUACUGUGGCUGGGACAGGGCCCGCUGUGUGGAGAUCACCUCACCAGCAGAGAGGUCCAGUCUGGUCCAGGACGUACAGCUCGGCACCAGAGGCUGUGCCAACAACACUGGAGAGGUGCUCCAGCGUAGACGCUCUGUGAUGUCAGGAGACGAUGUCCUCCUGCAGUGUGAGCUGCGUUCUAACCUGGCGUCUCCUGGCUGGACGCUAAACGGCCGCUCGCUGAACACCCACAGCCCCGCCUCCGGCUACCGCCUGGGCACCGACGGCCUGCUCAUCGUGGGGGCGCGCCCUCAGCAGGGCGGGACUUACCGCUGCUUCGCCGUGGAGAACAACAUCUGGGUCCCUGUGCGUCUGUACCGCGUCAGCGUCCACACAGAGAUGCCCUCUCCGGGGGGUCCCACCGCCACGCCCUCCCCCGCACCACCCCCCACCCCUUCACCCAGCCCAGCCGCCACCCCCAGCACCCCCACCGAGCGCACGCUGCCCUCCCCGCCCGCCCCCCUGCCCCCGGGCCCUGACUUCCAGACCUUCAGGAACAUGGAGGCUGUGUAUAUCUCCCUGGUGGCGGUGCUGGGGGGGCUGUGUCUGGUGCUGACUGUGGUGCUGCUCUAUGUCAGCUUCUGCUCCAGGGGGCCCUACGGGGCCAGGAAGUUCCCCCAGCAGGAGUUCUCCAUCCUGGGGAUGUCUGACAGGAAGAGGAGCUUCCCCUUGGAGCUCCAGACCAUCUCCAGCCACUGCAACGGCCGUCAGGACAGGAGAGGUCGGAGGUCGCUGUCGGUGUCCAACGACGACCUCGCUGGGGGGUUCCUCCAGAUCGUCCCUGGGGAGGGACAGAUGUCCCCCGGCACGCCCCCGGCCCCCCCAGCACCGCCCCUGCCCCUCCCCCCUCCGCUGCCCUGCUCCGACUACGCCAACGGGCUGUCGGCCACGCUGCCCAGCGUGCUGAGGAAGAUGAACGGGAACAGCUACAUGCUGCUGAGGCCAGCGGAGGCCGAUAGCACCUCGCCACUCUACCACUCCUUCACCGAGGAGCUCAACCAGAUCCUGGAGAAGAGGAAACACACGCAGCCCGACGAGAGCUCUGUGUAGCCCCCCCCCUUCCCACUCCCCUUCCUCCCCCGUCUGUCGGUUAUUCAUCCCCCCGUCCCCACAGCGCCCCACAGAGGAUUGGAGGACUGUGUUGUGUGGUGAGUCUACUCCAGUGUUCCAGUGUUGAGGUACCUGUGGUUACUAGAUGUACUUCACCUAUCCAGACGUGAGACCACGCCCCCAAUCUUUACAUUCUGGACGUCCCAAAGCCCUGAAGAAGAGAUCUACCUUUUAAACGUGAGAAAAAGACACAUUUGAACGCACAGUAUUGUUUCUUUAAGUGGAGAACCUUCCAGGGCUACAGUCACACACCUACCUCAGCACGGACCCACGGACAAGGAUGGAACUCCUGCUUACGCUGCAGUGCAUAAUGGGACGAUCGCAGCCACUCACAGUCACCAUGGCAACAGAGCAGGACGGCCUAGGACUGUAGGACAGAUUCUGGGAACUGUAGUGUUUACACGCAUUGGGAGCAGUCUGUUUGUAGAGCUCAUUCCCAGCACCACACUAAAGACUAACUGGUUGGGCACACGAUACAUUUCAACCUCAUUUAAAGCAACACUUCUCCUUAUUUCCCUUUUGUUCUCAUGUAAAUAGCAAUAAUUCCACUGUUACACCUGCCAGGACUGUAGCUACCUGUUGAAACGAUGCCAAGGGGAAAUCUGUUGCGAAAAAACACUUUGGAUGGAAUAAGUUAAAUUUUUUUCUGUUGUUUCUCAACGCGAUGAGUGAAAGAUGAGGGGAGGAGGUGUAACAGCACUGAUGAAGACUACAGCCUCUCUCUCUCAUCUCCCUUUCUCUCUCUCUGCUCCUCUAUGUCUCUCUUUCUAUCCUCUCUCUAUCCUCUUCCUCCCUCUCUCUCGCUCUCCAUGACUGGUUUGCUGGUACAACCUCCAUCAUGGACCUGAAGGCCUGGGAGGCUGGAGCACCACAAUCUGCAGGCUGCGAGCUGCAGACCUCGUGAGUCAGGCGACGGGCAGGACCACAGGGAUGCUCAACGCAGGAUGGUGAACGGGUCCACAUUAAGGGGUCCAAGGUUCAAAUCCCCCCUGUUGGUAGCUUUUGAUAAAAGCGCCUGCUAAGUGAUAUAAUGAUGUAUGAGAUGACCCUGUAUGUACCAGAUCUUCAGACUGGACACUGUUGUGUGUGUAGUUCUCCUGGCAGCGUGACAAACAAGGCAGGCCAAUCUCACACAGGAUCACUCUGUUCUCACCAGGGUUAGCACGCACACACUCCUACUUCCACAAUUCAAACACACAACAACGAAUCAAUGUUCAAAAGUUUGUAGUAUGUUUGGUUUUCUCCUGCUGAAUACAAUUGUUACACUACACAGUAGUUCAUAUACCCUUAUUUUCCCUUGAUUGUUCCAUUCUGGUAGUGUUUUUGUUAAUGUAAAUACGGUUGACUUAUUUAAACUCAAUAUUAUUCAGUUCCCAGCACAUGUCAUAGUUUAGACAUCUGAGCAAAUGAUGGAAAACUCUUAUAUUUAUAAUAAAAGUCUUGUG